CCCGACUAGUCAAAGCUCAUUGUAAGGUUAACGUCAGUUCGUCAACCAUUGUUCUUGAUUUCUUGUUAAGAGGAUCUUUUUGUGUUUGAAUUAUACGAAAAAUGGAGACAAACGGUAAUCAGAGCCCAGAGAUUAAAAGAGAAACAAGAUCUAGAUCUAGAUCUCCUCUGAAUAGUCCUCAGGAACGUAAUCAUAGCAGUAGUCGUGAUUCAAGUUCAACACGAGAAAGAGAUCGUUCACAAAGAAAUCGAAGAAAUAUGGGUGAUGGACGGAGAGAAGACAGACGAUCUCGCGCUCCAUCUAAUAGACGCGUGUAUGUUGCUAAUAUACCAUAUGAUUGCAAGUGGACAGAUAUUAAAGAUAUUUUUAGAGAAAAAGUUGGUGAUGUAUCAUAUGUAGAACUUUUUGAAGAUCAUGACGGAAAAUUUAGAGGAUGUGGAAUUGUAGAAUUUAAAGACAAUGCUGCAGUUCAGAAAGCUAUUGAUGUUUUACAUCGUUACGAAAUCAAAGGACGACAUUUAGUAGUUAAAGAGGAUUUUGAUGUUGAAAGAGACAAAACUGGCAGACCCAUUACUAGAUCUUCCAUGAAUAUGAAUCGUGCAGGACCUGAUUUCAAUGCCAAUAUACCACCGUUAGGAGAUAAUAUGGGUGGAGGUGAUUCUCAGUUUAAUACUUAUGGUUUAAGCCCUCACUUCUUGGAAUCUCUUGGUAUCAAUGGGCCAUUGACAAACAGAGUGUUUGUAGCAAAUCUUGAUUAUAAAGUCACAGAUAAAAAAUUACAAGAUAUCUUUAAGAUGGCUGGUAAAGUUAUCAGCAUAGAAUUGAAAACAGACAAAGAAGGAAAAAGCAAAGGUCAUGGAAUUGUUGAAUUUGAUCAUCCUGUUGAAGCAGUUCAGGCUAUAUCUAUGUUCAACGGACAAAAAUUAUUUACACGAUCCAUGAGUGUUCGUAUGGAUAAAUACAAAGAAGAAAGUGAUGGUAUUCCUACUAAAUUACCAGCUGGAUUACAAGGAAUAGGAAAAGGAUUAGGCUCUGGUGGUCAACCUAUUAACAUUUCUAAAAAUUUUGCAGGAGCCGCUGCUGGAACUGGUUUGGGUGUAAUGGGAAUAGGUGCAGGGCCUUUAAAUACUAUGCAAGGAGGAUUAGGGGCAAUGGGAAUGGGAAUGGGUGCUGCUCCCAAUAUGGGUGCAGCAAAUUUAGGUAUGAUGGCAGGUGCUGCAAUGGGAAUGGGAAAUAUGGGAGGAAUGUCUGGUACUGCUGGAGGAAUGGGACUAGGAAUGAAUAUGCAAGGUGGCAUGGGGGGUGACAGAUCCCUCAUGGGUGGAAAUAUGGGAACAGGAAUGGGUAACAUGGGAAUGGGAAGUGCAGUAGGCAAUAUGGGACUUGGUAAUAGAAGUGCUUCAGGAAUGAUGAGUGUUUCUGGAAUGGGAAGUGGAGGAAAUGGGAUGGUAGCAUCUAGUAUGAAUGUAGGUAUGGGAGGGGGAGGAGGAGGAAUGGGAAGCAAUAUGAAUGUUGGCAUGGGAAGUGGAAUUAAUAGUGGAAUGGGCAUGGGUGGUAAUAUGGGAAUGGGUGGUGGAGGUGCUGGAGGUGGAAAUAGUAUGGAUGGCUUUGGUGAAUUUGAUCGUGGAAAUGAUAAUUACAGAAGUCCUCGUUCAUCUGAUACUGUGGUAGUUAGAAAUCUGCCCACUUCAUAUAAUUGGCAGACAUUAAGAGACAGAUUCAAAGACAUUGGUGAUGUUCGUUACACCGAAGUAAAGGGAAGAGGUACAGCAGUUGUUCGUUUUGGAACAGAAAGAGAUGCACAGCGUGCAGUUGAUCUAAUGCAUGGAAUUCGCAUUGAUGGCCGUCCUAUAGAGGUCCAGUUGUACUGAGCAGUUUCAUUUUUUGCACAUUUUGUCACUCUCCAUCAGACCCAUUUUAAUUAACUUUGUGUCCAUUCUCAAAUGAUCACUAGCACUCUUUCAAUUCCUAAGUGUAGCAUGCAACAAUGACUUUUUGUGAAACUCCAUUGUUUGAAUUCUUGUGAAUGUGUAUUGAGCUUCCUGUAGCAUAGAAUUAUCAGAUAUUUAAGAGAAAUGUUCAGUCUGUAUUUCAGCUAUCUACUGAUACCCAGAGCAAAUUUGACUUUAGGAACCCAUCACACAUUUUAAUCUGCCUAAUUGUUUUCCUCUCCUCUUCGCCCAAGGAAGAAUUUCACUUGCGUUUAAAUCCUAGGAGUAUUCGCAUAUAUAUAUUCAUCACAUCGACGAGAUCCACAUUUGUUUUUGGAUGCUCAUAUGGCUACAAGCUGCAAAUUCUUAAAAGUAGCAUUUAUGAGAUGUUUUUGGUGUUUUUGCAUUCCAUGUGUCAUCAUCUUUUGUCUGAACAUAAUGAUUUGAUUGUAUCUGAUAGAGAUAUAGGAUUUUAAAUAAAGAUACUUCCUUCUGUCAUUGUUGUUGUUAACUUUUGUCAUCAAGUCACAUGAAGAAAAGGAAACUGAUAUUAAAAUUCAUGGUUGUAGAUGUUUUAUUGUCAUAUAGUCGCUAGAUAGAAAUUUUCUAAUUGUCUCUGGUAAAGCUUCAUUUCUUCCCAAACAAUUGUAACUUUUUUUAGAAUAGAAAGAGGCUAUGUUCAAAAUGAAAAAUAAAUAUCUUGUUUUUGUAGUUUUUAUCUAGUUUAUUUUCUUUAAAAAUCAAUUAUUGUAUUUUGAUAAAUUUUCUUAAAGCAACAAAUCUUAUGCUACCUUUAAACACAUAAAAGGUGAAUUGUAAUGUUAAAAUAAAGUUAUGAUAAUUUUAAAAAAUGUCA